CCCAUCUCAACUCUCUCUCUCUUUCUCAAUCACCGUUUUUCUUCUCUACUCUACCUAUACAAAGUUAUCUUAUUUUUUUGAUAUAUACAGAGAGCCAGCCAUCGCCUUGUACCAAGAAGAAUCAUCAUUUUGUUAUAGAAGAUGACAUCGCCUUCUACAAAAAAAAGACGACGCAAACAGCGUCGGCUGCUCCCAAAAAAAAUCAUUAAUCGCUCCUCUUUCCAGCUGCCACCGGCAGCCCCUCCCACUCUUACUCCCUCAUCUGCUGUCUGCUUACCCUACUACUACGACUACCAAUUCCAAACCGAAACUUUGAACACGGCGGAAUCGAGCAGUGCUAGCGAUGUGUCGGAGAUGGGUUCAAUACAACCGUGUCUCGCAUGGUUGGAGUGGGCCCAGAUUGGUGGUGAGUUAAUGGGUUCAACGCAGCCCUGCACUGCAUGGCUAGAAUGGGCGACGAUCUAGGCCGGCGACGGGUUUCCUUUUGUAGUAUCCCUUCCCUGCAGCUCGUAGUUGUUUUUGCUGUUGCUGGAAUUUGGGCUCACGUGGUAGCAGAAUGACAGGUUGUUUGGAGUCGGCAUCUCCAGUCCUGGGUUAUGCCUUGCAGCCUUCAGUGGUGGGGAUUAUUUCCCUUUGACGUACAUUGGUUUUUGAGUGUGGUGUGUGAGGGGCUUUUCCAGUUGCUGCAGUCAGUCUGGUGGAUUGAUUUCAUUAG